ACCUUCGCUCGAAUUGUUCUCCAUGAAUCUGAAUAGCGAUCCGAGAUAGACAAUUGGGGCGAACAUUCCGACCUCAUAAAAUGUUCGUUUUCCAACCGCAUUUUUGGGCUCCGAUAGAAUGGGACCUACUCCACCGAAAAACUGGGCUUCUAAUGAUAAUCUUCGCAACCAGUGUGCUCUGGAGACUCGUUGGAUGGUACCGUUUGCAGAAACGCUAUCGGGCAUGUCUUGACAAAAUCCCUGGACCAGCAGCCCUACCUCUUGUUGGAAACACAAUAGAACUGAAUCUUGAUCAUGAGGAGCUUUAUCAAAGAAUAAUGGGAAUGCGUAUGCUCUGGGGCUCGCGCGAAGGCAUCAACAAAGCGUGGGUGGGUCAGCACCCCUACAUAUUCGUCAGCAAAGCCUCCACGGUUGAAGCAGUUCUCAGCAGCAAUCGCCACAUUGAUAAGAGCUCCGACUAUCGUUUCCUGCGACCUUGGCUUGGAACAGGCCUGCUCACCAGUCACGGGAGUAAGUGGCAUCAGCGAAGAAAAAUCCUGACGCCGACGUUUCAUUUUAAAAUACUCGAGGACUUCAUUGAAGUCUUUGGAGAACAGACUGAGGUUCUAGUGACGCAACUUUCACGCGAGGUUCACAAUGAGUCGUUCAAUAUUUUUCCUUACGUCACCCACUGCACUUUGGAUAUUAUCUGUGAAACCGCGAUGGGAAGACAAGUGUUUGCCCAAAACGAUAGUGACAGCGAAUAUGUACGUGCUGUUUAUACCAUUGGAAACAUAAUUCAAACCCGGCAGGCUACAAUCUGGUACCAUCCAGACUUACUUUUUAGAAUUUCACCGCUGUAUGAAAAACAUCAGCAGUGCAUACGUGUCCUGCAUGCCUUUUCUAAUAAGGUGAUAUCAGAAAGAAAAAUGGAAAUUUCGAGUAAUGUUGAAAACAAUAAUAUUGACGAAGGAGAUGGAGUGAAGAAGAAGCGCUUGGCUUUCUUGGAUUUGCUGAUUGAAGCUUCUAGAGAUGGAACUCUUUUAUCUAAUGAAGAUAUUAGAGAAGAGGUUGACACGUUCAUGUUUGAAGGUCACGACACUACAUCAUCAGCAGUCUGCUGGACGCUUUAUCUCCUCGGCUGCCAUCCGGAGUAUCAAGAACGUGUGAUCGACGAAUUGGAACAAGUUUUCGGUGAAGGUGAUUACGACCGGCGGCCGACACUGAGGGACUUGAAGAGCAUGAAGUACUUAGAGAGAUGCAUCAAGGAAGCAUUACGCUUGUAUCCCAGUGUUCCGCUGCUUGCUCGUCGCAUAGCGGAAGACGUGCAAAUUGGGAAGUACACGAUUCCCGAGGGAACGACAGCGAUGGUUAUAGUUCCAAUGCUGCAUAGAGACCCUGAGGUCUUCCCUCAUCCUGAGAAAUUCGAUCCUGAUAGGUUUCUGGCGGAGAAUGCAAAUGGGAGACAUCCUUAUGCUUUCAUUCCUUUCAGUGCGGGGCCGAGGAAUUGUAUUGGUCAAAAAUUCGCUGUGUUGGAGGAGAAAGCAGUGAUCUCAGGGGUUCUAAGAAAAUAUCGAAUCGAGGCAGCGGAGCGUCGAGAGGACAUCAGUAUCACUGCCGAACUCGUAAUCAGAGCUAAAAACGGCCUCAAUGUUCGUAUAACACCGCGAUAAUGAAUGAAGGAAUUCCACCUUUCUUCUCAUUCUAUUUUCAGGGCACUGAAUAAAGUGUCUUGGAGCUGUUAACUCCAUCUUUCGAAAGAUCACUGUGGAUAAUUCAUGUUUAGUACUAUUUAAUUUCUUACAUUAUCAUUUUUUGUACGUUAUC